AUGGAGAUGGAGAUGAACAUGGACGAACUUGAAUUGCUCGAAGCCAACUAUCGCCUCUACGAACAAGAUUGCACGGAGGAGCACGAACCGCCGGAACCCUAUCCAGAACAAGAACAAGACCAACUUCCCACGGCUCCCAGAUCGCCACCGUCUACCGAGACCCAAAUCAACGGCCAGAAGCGUUUGCGACCAGUAGACGAAGCUGCCGAAGCUCCUGCUCCACAACGGAGCAGGAUCGAAGAUGAGGACUGGCUUCGUUACUCGCCGCCGCCGCCGCCGCACCAGAGCGAUCCUAUUAUUGUUGAAAAAACAAGCGCUCCGGAGAAGCUCGUGUCUAGGUAUGCCUCGGAGAUCGACGGCGAUUUCAUUCCUGUGACGGCGCCGGGUUUGGGCGACAGGGUUUAUGCCAAGAUUUCUAGGGUGGAGAUGGAACAGCCUCUACAUAGAGGACGAUCUCAAUCUGCUGCAGGUCUCAUUUCGGAACCGAUUCAUGUUCUAAUGCAAAGAAUAGAGCAAGACGCGUUUACAAAGGCCUUGCAAGCCAGUUCUAGAGAUCAAAGUGAUGUAAUUCUUCCCGAAACACCAGUUGUGCAUGAACGACUUUGGGUGGAUAAAUAUGCUCCACACUCAUUUACUGAGCUUCUCAGCGAUGAACAGACAAAUCGUGAGGUCCUGCUUUGGCUAAAACAAUGGGAUUCCUGUGUUUUUGGAUCAGAGAUUAGGAGCACAACAGAUGAGGUUAUGUCUGCUUUAAAACGACACAAACUUCCCGAGUCAAAGUUUCCAAGAAGUAACAGAGGAUGUAGAUGGAAUAAUGAAAAAUUUAAGCACGUGCAUGUCAAUGCAAUGAAUCAUGAAAAUACUAAUUCGAAAAGCGUUCAAGAUUUGUCAAACAAGUCCCGGUCUACUGGUCCGCCAGAACACAAGAUCCUUCUACUAUGUGGCCCACCAGGGCUUGGAAAGACUACACUCGCACAUGUAGCUGCAAAGCAUUGUGGAUACCGAGUGGUGGAGGUGAAUGCUAGUGAUGAACGAUCAUCAUCAACUAUUGGAGCUAAAAUUCUUGAUGUUGUUCAAAUGAACUCAGUCUCAGCCAACUCGAGGCCAAAGUGUUUGGUGAUUGACGAAAUAGAUGGGGCACUUGGUGAUGGAAAAGGUGCAGUUGAAGUUAUUCUAAAAAUGGUUUCUGCUGAUAAGAAGUCUGAUAUGGAGAAGGAAAAGGUUGAUAGAGAACAGACAUCAGGAAAGGCAUCUUCAAAAAAGGGGCGGAAAUCUGCAGUGUUGACUAGACCAAUAAUUUGCAUAUGUAAUGACCUAUACACACCUUCAUUGAGACCGUUACGUCAGAUAGCGAAGGUUCAUGUAUUUGUUCAACCAACAGUCAAUCGAGUGGUGAGCAGGCUUAAAUAUAUAUGUAACAAGGAAGGAAUGAAAACAAGUUCCAUUGCACUUACUGUACUUGCAGAGCAUACAGAAUGUGAUAUACGUUCAUGCUUGAACACUCUUCAGUUCCUGAACAAGAGGAAGGAAGCACUCAACGCUUUGGAUAUUGGCUCUCAAGUGGUUGGUCGAAAGGAUAUGUCAGUAGGUGUGUUUGAUGUCUGGAAAGAGAUCUUCCAAAAGAGAAAACCAAAGAGGCAGCAAAGAACAGAUACCGGUUGUGGAACAAUGUCAAAUGAAUUCGACUCUUUGUAUUCUCUCAUUUCUCACCGUGGUGACUAUGAUUUGAUUGUGGAUGGUCUUCAUGAAAACAUUUUGCAUCUCCCUUAUCAUGAUCCAGUUAUGCAAAAGACUGUCAAAUGCUUGAAUAGUCUUGGUGUCUCCGACCUUAUGAACAAAUAUAUUAUGCGUACGCAACACAUGACCCUUUAUGCUUAUCAGCCUGUUAUUGCCAUCAUUGUACAUCGUUUAGUAGCCCAAGUGCAGAGACCAAAUAUUGAGUGGCCAAAAUCGUAUUAUAGGUACCGGACAAUGUUAAUGGAAAAAGUGGACAGUUUGAGGUCUUGGUACAACACAAUUCCACCAUCUAUUUCAAGGCAUUUGUCAAUUAAGUCCUUUGUAGAAGACUCAAUUUCAUUGCUGUUACACAUCCUAUCACCCCCAUCUUUAAGGCUGGCCGCAUUGCACUUACUCUCAGAGAAGGAGAAGAAUGAUUUGGCUCAGUUAGUUGGCACGAUGGUCUCCUAUUCUAUAACACAUAGAAGAAUCAAAUCUGAUGCUUUGCCUGGCAAUCUCGGAUAUCAAGCAGCUGAUGUGUCAGAGCUAUCUUUUGAUCCCCCCAUUAAUAGCUUCAUUAACUUCCAGGGCUACAGAUCUGGACAUCAUGUACUUGCUUCAACUAUGAAACAGAUGUUGGCGCACGAGGUUGAAAAGCAAAGGAUUGUGCAAGCAAGCAUUGGGAGAUCUGAACAGUUGACAGGUGGAUACAAGAAGGAAAAUGAUGCUUCUUUAGGGCUAGAAACUAGGAAACUACAGUCUAGUAGAGCUGAUCAUUUAGGUGCAUCUGCUACGAACAAUGGAAAGUCAGAAAGCAUGUCGAAUAGGACACAAUCAAAUCCCAGCACAUCUGGUGUUUUACCCAACUUGGGGGGCACCGGGAGUAACCCAGCGAUCACAAAAUUAGACUCUUCUGGAUGUAUGAGAAAGUCAUCUAGUGGUUCCUCUAGUUUCUUUGAUAGGUUUAGAAAGCUUGGUAAAGGUUCUCAGAAUACUGCUGACGCUGUGCGGAAGGAAGCAACUUCUGUGAGAGAUUCACGUCCUUUGGUCUUUAAAUUUAACGAGGGCUUUACAAAUGCAGUAAAAAGGCCCGUUCGUGUUCGGGAAUUUCUGACGGAUAAUUAUGAUGUAUACAACAGUAAGAUGUGUAGCAAUGAUGUUGACAAACUUGAUCUGCAGAACAGCAAUAAUGAACUUGAUAUUGUGAAUUACCACACUGUUGUCACACCCCGAGUCCAAGCUACUGAAUCCUAUGAGUUUGUGCAGAAACAAUUGGCACCGUCUGUGGGAAUCAUCACAAAUAGUCACGUUGAUCUAUCUGCAAGAGACAGAUGCAUGAGACCCGAUGGUACUCAGGUUGCAUCCAAUUUAUUCCAUCUCGUCAGUUUCUCUGCUCAGUGUUUGAGCCCAAUUGAGAAUUGGGUCCAGGACUGA